AAAAAUUUGUGUGGUGAAAUAUAACGAUACAAACCAGAACCCGGUCAAAAAAGCCCCUAAACAAUCGCACCUAGCGGCCAGGUAUAUAGUACACACACAGUAUACUAUAGUAUACUAUGACAAGAGGUGGUGAUGGAGCUAUAUGGGGGGGUUGCGGAGAGACACGACUCAUCGAUGCGUAUGAGAACAGGAACGUCGAGCGGCGAGAUCUUCGCAUAUAAGGCCUGCGAUUGGGGCGAACAAGUCAUCAGUUGCAUCGAGUCUGUAUCAGCAACCCAUCGAAUCAAGCAGAAAGCAAGAUGCGUCUAACACUUCUGGCCCUCAUCGGUGUCCUGUGCCUGGCCUGUGCCUACGCCUUGGAUGACUCCGAGAACAACGAUCAGGUGGUCGGACUCCUGGACGUUGCCGAUCAGGGAGCGAACCAUGCCAACGAUGGAGCCCGAGAGGCGCGCCAGUGGGGCUACGGCGGCCGAGGAGGCGGAGGAUGGGGUGGCCGUGGAGGAUGGGGCGGUGGAGGAUGGGGUGGCCGUGGAGGAUGGGGCGGUGGAGGAUGGGGCGGUCGUGGUGGAGGAUGGGGCGGUCGAGGAGGUGGUUGGUAUGGCCGAUAGAACCGCUGACAUCGCUGAUCACGCCUCCGACCCAUCCCUCCACUUGCCAAGUCUAAAGGACCUCUUUUACUGAUGUCAUGGCGUGAAUAAAGAACUUUGGAGCAUUUAAA